GUUUGAGCCAUAGAGCUGCUUGAGAAGCCUCUCUGCCCUCACAUAUCCCCGGUUCUCAGAUGGCGCAUCGAUCGGUAGAUUUGUCGGGUGGGUGGGGAGGUGUUCAGAGCUUUUCGAAUUGAUAAUGAUAAAUCUUAGUCCCGGACAAAGGAGUCACUGUCAACGAUGAAUACUACUACUGAAGUCAAAGUCUGCCUCCUUGGAGACUCCGGUGUUGGGAAAUCUAGCAUCCUGCAGCGGUUUGUGUACAAUACGUUUAAUUCCAGCGCGGAGAGCACUAUAGGGGCAUCAUUUAUGAUGAAAAACCUGGUGUUGCAUGACCGUACAUUCAAAUUUAAUAUUUGGGACACUGCUGGCCAAGAAAGGUAUCGAGCUUUGGCUCCAAUGUACUACCGAGGUGCUGGGGCUGCUGUCAUUGUUUAUGACAUCACAUCUAUGGAGAGUUUCAAUGCAGUGCAGAGUUGGGUGCGAGAGUUACAGCUUCAUGGGGACCCAAACAUUGCCCUUGGUAUAGCAGGCAACAAGUGCGACUUGGAGGAUCAUCGAGAAGUGAGUUUAGCAACUGGAGAGUCAUAUGCCCACCAGCAUGGCGCAGUUUUUGUUGAGACUAGUGCUCUUAAGGCCACUAAUAUCCAGGAACUUUUCAUGGGAAUUGCCAUGAAGGUGCCCGUAACCCAAGGAGUACGGCAACCAGAACUGAAGCUUAGCCUCAAAAAGAAUGUGAGCAAGAAGUGCUGCUGAAGUUGAGGAUUGAAGCCACGCAUCUUGGUGCAGAGACAUAAGGAACAAAUGGGCCUUGGUUGCCGAAUGGCCCAUUGCCUUGCUCCUUGUGCUUGAAGCUUGCCACAAGCCUCGUGCAUUCUGAGUCACGAGGCUGAACAUGUCCACGCUGUUGGAAGUUUAACGCACAUUUUGGCCAUUGUUCUUGGUGAUGUUCCAUUUUUGUGCUGUGAUGUGCUUUUUAUUUAGUGCUGCAACUGUACAUCUUUCGUCUUUCACCUGAACCUUUUGUAAAAUAUGAUACUUGUAGUAUCAAAAACAGCUAACACUUUGUUUACACGACCUUUCUGUUACUCAGAUCUGGAAAGGUGCUGUAUCUGGUUUCGCACAGCCUUGUAAAGGAUAUGCACAAGGGGCCAUAUGUCAUAAGCACUGCCGUGAGAAAUUAUUCACUUUGCUGUAAUUAGCACCAGUCAUAGGUCUGUUUUUCUUAGACAUGGAGGGCACACUGUAUACUAUCUUUGGGGACACCCCAGAGAAAUAAAAUACUUUAGAAUGGAAACACCUGGAGGUCUUGCUUCUGGGUAGGCUACUUUCUCAAAAGUUAAAUAUUUUGAAAUUAUUUUACGCCUGUGGUAAGCAGUGCUUUCCCAUGUCUGGAAUUCAGUCACUGCAGUGAACUGCCAAGUACUCCUUAUUGUUUGGUUCUGCUUCCAUUUCAACGAGCUCAAUGGCAAGCCACGUGAUCUUUGAUUGCUUCUAGAGCAGACCCAUUGCUACUGCCUCCACGACUUCAGCUUACAUGUUGGCUGUAUACUGGUGUACAGAACUUCAUUUUUUAGACGUAUAUUUGAUAUGUGUGAAAAGCAAAGUAAAUAUCAGUGAACACUGUUUCACUGUGUUGCAGUAGCAUACUGCAGUUUGCUCACACCAUUCUAUGGUUUUGUUUUAGCUUAGACAAUACAUUAGCUUUAUUUUUAUUUAUAAAUGUGUUUAAUGCCUGUAUUUAAUGAAAAUAUUUUUAUAUAGUAAAUCACUUUACUUGUAGACAGACUUUACUUGCUGUGUCUUUUGUGAUGUGUGCAUAUGGUAUCCACUUGAUUGUUCAUGGCCACUUUCCCGCUACAUGCAGAAGAAUUUGCUUUUGUAAGUGUUCCGUGAUUGACUGUCGCGGCUCUAUUUCACACAAAUAGCUUGAAGGAAAAUCUUGAAUCGCUCAUUAGUGAGGAUCUGAAUGCUAGGCUAAACUAAUUUUUCUUAGUUUCUCUAAUGAAAGUUCUUAGAAAUGUGUAGUUCAUAAGCUUGAUAAUUCAUUUUGCAAGCAACAUUCUACCUUGACAGCAGCUCUUUCAUGGCUUAAUGUUUUAAAGAACAUGCCAUGUAAAACAAGAUUUUUCACACAAGGCAGUAAGCAGUAGGAUGCACAUAUUUUUGGUACAUCCUGAUUCUACACACACGUGUUAUCAGGAAAACUGGCAUGUGAGCCAAGACUCAGCAUUUUUCUCUUAGGAACUCGUGACAGUCAGUCAAACCGAAAUGUUACAAAUGGUCUUAUGUGCAUUAUUGCAUGUAGUUGCAGCAAAUGCCAUAUCCACAGCAGUGGCUAAGUGCCUAUGGCAUUGUUCUGCUGAGCAUGAGGCUGCUGCAUUCCAGUGGGGUGGAGUGCCAAAAUGUUUGUGUACUGUGCUUUGGAUGCACAUUAAGAAACCCAUGGGGUCAAAAUUAAUUUGGAGCUCUUCACUACGCUGCCCUUCAUAGUGUAUUGUGCAGAUUUGGGACAUUAAACCCCUCAGUUUAGUUUAUAACAAAUGCCACAGCCAUGAAAGAGCCCUGGGUCUUGUAUGAACUUGUGUAAGGCAUUAGUGAUGUGAUGACAAUCCUUUUCCAUCUAUUUCCUUUUUAGUAAGCACCUUGCUAAAUAUUUUGUUGUAACAUAUGACUAUAGCAAGUGAAGGUUGUCUAAUAUUUGUUAUGAAACUAUUAAUAGAAAUUUUGUUGUAUGAUUCUGCAGAUUUUUAGCUUUAAGAUUGGUUCAUUCAAGUGAGCAUUCCCUGUCAAUGUCGGGAAAACUAAAGCAUUCAAUAGAAUGGGAAAUAUAAUUGGCGAGAUUUAAGGUCCUAAAGCAACAAAAAGGCUAUGAUAGACAUCAUAGUGGAUGGCUCUAGAUUAAUUCUGACCACUUGACAAUUAUUGACACAGCAACUUUCUUGGGAACAUUUAUUUGUUGCUCUGUAGAUUGUUGCUUUUUUUGCACAACUGUGUAUUUAAAAUUCAAACAAGAUUCAUUUGUUUUUGUUUGUUUUGUUUUUUGUUUAAGAAAAUGAACAUUUGCUUGGAUAGUUUGGAGUGCUUAGCUCAUGUAAUAGUAUAACAGUCCCAUUUGCUUGUCUGUACAUUAUUCUUACUACUGGCCACUAAGGGUGAUAAUGGCUAGGCAUUCUCCUGUCUGAGCCAGUGGCAAAUAGAAAAAAAAAAAAUCCAGGAUAAUUAGAAACUAAUAUUUUGUCCUUGGUCUCUAUAUCAUUGUACAGAUGCCAUCAGAAAGGUUGAGCGACUCAUUUACUGUUAUUUAGUGUUGCAUAGUGUGGUCUACUAUUAUAGCCAAUACAAGAACACUUAGCUCACACCUCAGGACUUGCCAUCUGCAGCUGCAAGCAGAAAGGAUGCCUAUACUCUGUACAGUGCAGUCCACUGUUAAAGACAACAUAAAUUUAUAACAUGUAUAAAUUUUUACAUCUAGCAAAUGUACAAUUGCAUGGCUUUGCACCAGCCACAAGGUAAAUUGUGGUUGGUGGCUCUGGCGCCUUUCUACACCCCCAUGCAGUGUAUAGCUUCAGCUAACAUUUGCAGCUAGAGUGCCAACGAUGUGAGAACCGCACAUUUGGGUGUUCCCUUUAACAGUGGACCACACUGUACCAGCAUGCCAAGAAAAACCAGCACUGUUUGCGUUAGAUCAUGUGCUGCAGAGCCAUGUGCUUUCGAACUUGCCACUGAGGGAAAUUCACUCAUGCCACAUGCUUGUGUGUUCACUCUACACUGCACUUCAGUCUCUGAAUUUUCAUUGCUGUCUUUUUUGCAAAUCAUCAUGACAAACUGCUUGUUAAGGUUCAAGUUUGUGUGUGUAUGUGUAAGUUUUGGUACUGUGGUGACAAAAUCAUGGCAGUUCUUGUUCUUAUAGUGGAGAUUACUUUUGUCCCGUGAAACUGGAGAUUUACAGCCUUCUUCUUAUUAUGAUAAAUCGAUAUUAGAAAGUAAUGUUUGAUUGAUUAAAAAAAAAUUUUUUCUGUAAGUGCAUGCUCAAAACAUUCGUUUCUGGACCUGCCAUGGUUGCUUAGUGGAUUUGGCGUUGUGCUGCUAUAAGCAUGAGGUUGCGGGAUCGAAUCUUGACUAUGGCGGCCGCAUUUAGAUUGGGGUGAAAUGCAAAAACACCUGUGUACUGUGCAUUGGGUGCACGUUAAAGAACCCCAACUGGUAAAAAUUUUUCAGGAGCCCCCCACUAUGGCGUGCCUCAUAAUCAGAUUAUAGUUUUGGCACGUGAAACCCCAGAAUUGAACAAAAAAUAAAUAAAAACGUUUUUGUUAGACUUCCGACAAUAGUGGUACUUGACAAAAAUGUCACAUUGUUCUUCGUUGGCCCUCCUGUGCAGAGGCUCUUAACAUUAGAGUACAAGUUGCUGUUAAAUUUGCCUUAUGUGCACAGCUGUAUUCCUGCAGCCAGUGUUUAUGCAUACCUAAAGACCACCAGUCAAUAUGACUCAAGUAUUCCCAGCACUUGGAAGAUGCCCCAUGCCAGCUGAAACCAUGAACUUGGUCAGUACAUUAUUUAUAUUGAGAGUGCAGUGAGUUUGGAUUGUAAUAGCUGUAAUGGCCAAUCGACACUUCUGGGAGCUAGGAAGUAAAUAUAUGUAUACAGCAGUUAGAAUAGUGACAAAUAUUUUGAACUAGUGUUAUCAUGUGAUAAUCUAUUUACAAAAGAUUGCUAAUGUGAUGUGCUGGCAGAAAGGCAACAUUUAUAGAACUUUUGCUGUGGUUUGGUUGGUGUUUUUCUAGACCACCCACUGCCUUUUCUUUAUUGAGAUUUGGUAUCACUGUAGUGCUUUGUUUUAUGGUUUAAGUUUGUGUUAUGAUUUUUUCUUUUUACCUCUUACUGUUUGUCUUAAUUUAACUGUUUUGUUUGACUUCAUACACCAAUCAUAUUUUUGAGGUUAGUUGCAUAUCUGUGUAAGCCUUUGUACAGAAAAUAUAGUAUUAGGCUUUUAUCAGUAUGGCUGUUGCUGAUGGUCUGUAGCAUCUGUUGUUAAUUUCCUGUUGUUAAUUUCCUUCAUGUUCCAGGCCCGAAAUUUGCUGACAUUUAAGCUUGCUAGAGUACUUGUUAAUUAUUUUAUUAGUAGUGCAGAAUCUGUUUGUUUUGGAAUUGUACACUGAAGCACUGAAAUCAUUAUUAUGCAGCUGGAGCUAGAAACAUAUAUAUACUUGAAAAACUUCAAGCUGUUCGUCGACUAUGCAUCACAUGCAGCAAUCUUGUGGCCACAGCAGGAGCUUAGGUAAGGAAUAUAAGCAUAUGCUACUAAUGCAAGCUUGGAAUUUCAAAUACAUUAAGGUAUUUUUGUCACUCAAUAUGCAACAGUGCCUUACACAUGUACAUUAGUAUUUAUACUUUUGCAGUACAAACUGAACGGGGCUGUGCAAAAUAUGAAGAAGAUAUUGCAAAUGUGUAAAAGAGGAGUAUAUUUUAUUGAUUACGUUAUGUGGGAAAGAGCACUUUUGAGCACUGCUGUCUGUUUUGCAAUGACAGGUUGAGUGCAGUUCCCUGGCUGGCCUUUUUUAGUGUAUGUGCAAUAAAAUUAUGCUGUAUACAAGCA